AUGGACCCAAAACAGAGAAAAAAGUCUUAGGAGGAGAUUGUAUAAAUACCUCAAAGGAAAGCAUAACGAGUAGCUGGAAUACAGUAAUCUUCAGGAGCACAGCAUAUCUAUGAGACUUAUGUCUAAUGUCAAAAAUAAUAACAGAGAUCAGAUAUUAUUUUUAUUGUUAUGUGUUUGAAACUCCAUUUUGUUUUCAGUUUUUUGAAUGAUGCUUAACUGUAUUAGAAUAUCUUAACAAAAGGAAUCAUUUAGCUAGUUAGAUGUUUUAUUGCAAAUUAUAGAAAGGACAAUCUAUUAUCAAAUAAGGAGAUGGUGCCAAUGCAUUCUUUAUCUUAGGUAAUAAGUUGCUGUGACAUUUAGAAAAGGGUAAAAUAUAAGUAUUCAUUAAUGGACAGGCCAAAAAACAAUUGAUAUCAGGAAAUGGAUUGGGUGAACUAGCUUUAUUAUAUGAUGCGCCAAGGUAAUUGAUUUAAUCGAUUUUUAGGAGUGCCACAUGCACUGCGUUAGAGGAUUGCUAUUUAUGGGGUAUAGAUAGAGCUACAUUUCGAAGAACAGUUGAACAAAUUAUGAAAAGCGAAUAUGAGAGAAAUAGAAAAUAUUUGGAAAAUGCAACAUUUUUUAGUAAUUUUAAGUUUCAAUUAUAAGAUCAUUUAACAAAAGAGUAGAAGGAUGCUAUUGGCGGAGUGUUGAUUUCUUAGAAAUUUUAGACUAAUUAAAUCAUAGUUAAUAAGGGAGAUUAGGCAGAUUCGCUUUUUAUAAUAGCUGAGGUGAGGAUUUAUUUUCAAAUAAGGGCAAAGUCGGUGUGUAUACAGACGAUGGGCUAUUGAUUAGAACGUUAUCCAAGGGGGAAUAUUUUGGAGAAAACGCUCUAAUGCAGGAUAAUUGUGUGAGGGGAUUAACAGUGAAAGCAAUUGAAGAAUCACGACUUUUGGCUUUGGGGAGAGAAACCUUAACUAAAAUAUUGGGUGAUGGAGUGUAAAUGAUAAUUUAUAAGAAUCAAUGCAAAUGGAUUCUGCAGCAGUCUAAAAUUAAUUUAAUAAUUUAAACAGAUUAAUUUUUGGAUUUAUUAACAAUAAGAAAAUUGAAAAAAGGGGACAUAAUUAUUAACAAAGGUUAAUAACAUGGAGAAUUGAUUAUUGUGAUCGAUGGAAAAGUCAGUGAUGUAAUGAUAUGAAUAUAUCAAUAGUCUAAUUAAAAUUCGGUUUGCGAGAAGGGCAAAAUCUUAUUGGAUAAAACAGUGGAAUCCAAUGGAACCCAUGAUUAGGAUUAUUUUAUGUUAGAAGAUGGCAUAAUAGCAGCCAUUGAUUAUAAUAUAGUAAAAAAAUAGUUUGGUGAAUAAGUAAACAUAAUACUAAUAUAUUAGUAACAAAUAUUGGAAGUAUAUACCUAAUAGGCUAAUAAUUAAGUUAAUAAAGUGAAGGAUUAUUCAUUAGAAGAUCUGAACUAUUUAAAAACUUUAGGGUGUGGACAAUUUGGAAUGGUUUAUUUGUGCUAGUUUAAGAAUGAAUAAUCAUUAUUUGCAUUAAAAAUAAUGACAAGAGCAAAUAUCAAGUAGUUUGGGAUAGGGAAACAUGUCGCUAAUGAGAGAAGAGUGUAAUCCAUUUUAGAUCACCCUUUAAUUAUGCGUUUCUUUCGAUCAUUCAAAGACGAUAAUAAUAUCUACUUGUUAAAUGAGUACAUUCCUGGAAUUGAACUAUUCGAUGCUAUUCGAGAAAUUGGAUUAUUAAAUAAAAACGAUUCGUAGUUUUAUAUAUCUUAGAUGAUAUUGCAAACAGAAUAUUUACAUACAGUUCAUUAAGUAAUGUAUAGAGAUUACAAACCAGAAAAUCUUAUGGUUGAUGAUACUGGUUAUUUGAAAUUGAUAGACUUUGGAACUGCAAAAUUAAAUUAACCCGGAUAGAAAACAUUCACUAUCAUUGGCACUCCACAUUAUAUGGCACCAGAAGUGAUAAGUGGAAAAGGAUAUAAUUAGAUGGUUGAUUUAUGGAGUGUUGGAGUUAUCCUCUAUGAAUUUGUCUGCGGUGGUUUGCCUUUCGGAGAAGAUGCAGAAGAUCCCUUUGAAAUCUACAAGGAAAUCACUAAGAAACCUUUAUCCUAUCCCUCUUAUAUGUCUGAUAAGUCUGCGAAGGUUUUUAUUGAACAAUUGCUCAACCGUAUACCUGAACUACGCUUAGGAGGAUCAUAUUAGACUUUAAAGUAACAUGCUUGGUUUAAGGACUUCCAAUGGGAUGUUUUGAUUACCAAGAAACUCAAACCAGUCUAUAAACCAUCUGCCAAUAAAAUCAUAACGAAUGGGUAGGUUUAAUUGAUGAAAAGGUUACCAUUAUUUGAAUAGAUGCUUAAAGAUGCAUAAUACUUCAAAAAACAAUAACCUAAUCCCAAAGAUAGUGAAUGGGAUAAUGAAUUUUGA